AUGCAGCCGACCAUACGCACCGUGCUUUAUGUACUGCUUGUACUGCUGACACCGCUUUCUCGACUUGUCUUCGUUUCGGCACAAUGUCCAGUCAUCAGGGGACCAUGUCGAUGUGCACCGUCCAUUAACGAACCGGUGGCGAUCGUGUGCGAGAACGCUGGAAGUCUCAGCAAUGCUCUGCAAGCCAUCCAAUCGGCUAGGGAAAUAUCUAUCGAUUCUCUUUCUAUUAUCGACACGGCUGUCUCCAGUAUCCCUGCGAACGUGUUCAUGGGUUUCACAAUUCUUCGACUUGUGUUGAAUCGCAACACACUACAGUUCAUCGACGAUCAGGCAUUUAAUGGACCACUAUUGGAUUCGCUCGUCGAACUCGAUCUGAACGACAACAAUCUCGGUCAGAUACCUCAGACUGGUCUGACUCGACUUCGGAAUCUCAGAAAACUCUAUUUGAAUCGAAAUCGUAUCAACACAUUGGCAUCGAAUCCGUUUUCCGCCUACGAGAGCAAGGAACUCCUCGUGAAACUCUCACUGGCUGGGAAUCGACUCACUGAUCAGUCGCUCACUGACACUGCCGUCUUUCAGCCACUUCGGUUGUUACAGCAACUCUCUCUGGAAACGAACGCACUGACCCAAAUUCCGUCAGCAGCGUUGGUAAACCAGCGAGGCACCCUCACAAACCUCAACCUUGGAAUUAAACCCGCAACACAAAGUCUGCUUCAGGUUCCUGUCGGCGCUCUGGACUUUCCGAAGCUGACGUCACUUUCCCUUGAAUUCAACGGAAUCACUAUCAUCCUGCCCCAAGCUUUCCAGGGAGUACCGAACCUACAAUACUUGUAUCUGACAGGGAACAAAUUUCCAUCAUGGGCUCCAGAGAUGUUCCGCUACAUCACACAGUUGAGAACGCUGGGAAUCGGGGAAACACCGAUAUCGGUGAUUCCCAACAAUGCGUUUAUGUACAUUCCGAAUUUGAUUCGACUGGAAAUGUCGGAGGCAGCUGUCGACACUAUUGAGCGCGGCGCUUUCCAACGUACGCCACGUAUCCAAGCCAUUGUCCUCAAUAAGAACCGUCUUUCUCAGAUUCGUGCCGAUUUCUUUGAAGGUCUCAAUGACUUGUACUCGAUUGACGUGCAGGGUAAUCGUAUCGAUAAUGUGCAACCAUUUGGUUUUGCCAAUUUGCCAUCUCUCAGUCAUUUGGAUAUCAGUUAUAACCAACUGCAAACUCUUCCCGACAAUGUUUUUCUGAACUCGUUUCUUCCACGGCCCAACGAUAGACGAGUGAUUUACUGCUGUGGGAAUCCAUGGUUCUGUAACAGCGAGCUGUUAUGGUUCCGACAAUUACUUCGAGAAAAUCUUGACAUUGACAUUGAAAAACCUGGUUGUCUAGCGGUUUGUGCUGCUUCUCCUAAUGGAUGUCCACCUGAAGGGACUCCAUUGAGGUCUGUCGACUAUUGUUUGGAGAGCGAAGGACCACAACCAUACACUGGACAAGCGCUCUCAUUGGUUGGAUGGAUCAUUCUUGCGAUUAUCAUGACAAUUCUUCUGAUAUCAAUAUGUCUGCUAGCCAUGGUACGUUACGGUAUGAGUCAUCGACGGAAAAAACAAAAAGAUCAGGAAUUCGAGGACGAUUCCGUGCAUUAUCACACAUACACAAGAGGAGAACUUACGUCAUUGUACGGUGGUGGCGUGUCGGCGAUGGAUCGUCCGUAUUCGACACUGCCGCCAGUGAAUCUCGACCUACCACCGGCGCAUACACUUGAUGAUCGGCCGUCGAAUUACUUCUAUUGA